CGACAGCAGUUUCGCGCUCGACUCCACUGCGAUCGAGGCCAGGACUUCUUUACCAAACGGAAAAGCAGUUGUCGAACUUUCGUGACUUUCGUUCUUUUCGGUACGUCCUUGUUCCUUUUUGGAAAUUUUCAACAUUUCGGAAGUGUACAUCCAGAUCAUUCUACUUCAGAAGUUUCGGCCGUUAGGCAAACAAGUAUGCGAAGGAUUGAGCAAGCACAGGAAUGUUCAGGCGAGGGAUUCCAAGAGGACAUAAUGUUCUUCGUAACUUGAACGGUUCCGAUACCUCAAAUCGUAAUCAGACGGUCUAAGAUGACUUCGACCUUUCCCGCAGAAGAGUACGGAUUUCCUUUCUUCAACAAUUUCACGACAGAGGGAGCCCUGCCCAACUUUUCAACCAGUUUUUACAACGACAGUUUUCAAGAGACGAAUAGAUUCAUCCUUCCAGUAUGGCGUCAGGUUUUAUGGACCAUUCUUUAUGGCAGUAUGGUCAUAGUAGCAACUGGAGGCAACCUGAUAGUGAUUUGGAUUGUUUUAGCCCACAAACGAAUGAGGACAGUCACGAACUAUUUUUUACUGAACCUGUCCAUAGCAGACACGAUGGCUUCGACCCUUAACGUGACCUUCAACUACGUCUACAUGCUGAAUUCCCAUUGGCCUUUCGGCGAGUUAUACUGCAAAAUCACGCAGUUCAUUGCGAUGUUGUCGAUCUGCGCUUCGGUCUUCUCACUGAUGUCCAUCUCUAUUGACAGGUACAUGGCCAUCAUGAAACCUCUACGUCCCCGCAUGGGACGCACAGUCACCUUGCUCCUGGCCUUGAGCACCUGGGUCGUCGGCUUCAUCGUCGGCCUGCCAUCCUGGCUCUUCUACAAGACCUACCAUUUCCCCAUCUCCGACACCGAGGAAAGGAUCAUCUGCUUCUCUGAGUGGCCGGACGGCAUGACCAACGAGUCCAUGAUGGAGUACAGCUACAACCUGGCCUUUCUGUUCGUGACAUACGUGGUUCCCAUCGGAUCGAUGACGUUCACUUAUGCCAGGAUAGGAAAGGAGUUGUGGGGAUCGCAGAGCAUCGGAGAGUGCACACAACGACAGAUGGAGAACAUCAAGAGCAAACGAAGGGUGGUGAAGAUGAUGAUGGUUGUAGUGAUAAUAUUCGCCGUUUGUUGGCUACCAUAUCAACUCUACUUCAUCGUGACUUCCUAUUUUCCCGACAUAACUAACACCCCGUAUAUCCAAGAGACCUACUUGGCCAUCUACUGGCUGGCCAUGAGCAACUCAAUGUACAACCCCAUGAUCUACUGUUGGAUGAACGCAAGAUUCAGAAGGGGCUUCAAACAAUUCUUCUCGUGUCUUCCCUGCGUCCACGUGACACCAGCUACCCUCACCAGGAGAGAGGUCCUGACUGGCAGAAAGAGGUCCUGUUCCGGUUCGCCCGAUCACAAUCGUAUCACAAGAAAUGGGACGCUUCGAAUCACGUUCAUGACGACCCGUCCUAGCCCCACAGCAUCCACAAACACGUGCUAUUCCAACGUACAAGACGACGCGACCAGUCAGGCCUUCUCCAAGAGGAAAUGGAGCGGCAUGGAGAUGAAACAGUUUCCUUCCUCUUGACGCAAGAGACAUCUCGGGGAGAUGGACGUAACUUCGAUGCAGGAAAGAAGGGAAUGGAUCUGAUACAAGUCCUCGCGAUCCACCUGCACCAGAUGGAAUCGCGAGGCGAGCCGAAUGACCGUUGUACCAGACGAAAACAUCUGAAUUUGUGGACAAUUUGCACCGUUUUCUCCCAACCUGAUUGGAUUUGUACUGUUUUUGUACUGUUUCGUUGUUCAGACAUCGAAAAUUCGUGGAAGAUUCGUCCAAAAAGUUUCAUGGCCCAUGAGGGGAUCGAACCCGCGACCUUCGCGUUAUUAGCACGACGCUCUAACCAACUGAGCUAAUGGGCCAGACGGUUAUUGAUGUGUUGGUAAUCUUGAUGUACAAAAUUGGUCAUAUAAACUAAAAAGUUUACGAUUAUGAUAAUUGAUAAUUAUUGUAUUUGUAUACGUCUGAAUCCACUUCUCAUUUGAUCUUCAGCUCCAAAUUCAUCAAAUAUUCUUGCGUCAAAUACGAUUGAAACAUUAUUACCUAUAUAUUUUUAAUGUGAUGAUGUGGACUAAUAUCUCAAUAAUAGGUAUAUGGACUUAAUUAUUUGUGAGACUGAAAAUUAAGUUGGAGCAUGUAAAAUUUUCUGUAGUAGGCUAUUUUAUUCACACGAAUGUUUUUUGUUGAAGUCUGCGUGUUCGUAUUCUGCUGAGGAAAUUUGUUCGAAGUUUUUAAGGGGAAAAUCGAGCGCUUAUAUGUACCUACCCAACCUGAGUGUGAUAAAUAAUCAACUACAAAUCCAAUCGAAUUAAUAAUACUCAAAUAACUGUUAUUUUUCUACGAAAAUGCUAUAUAACUGCUUUGAACUGAUGUUCCUUAUAUUUUCUCCAAAUUUCUCGAAAAAUUCAAUCACAUAUCUUACCAUAGAAAGAUAUAACUUUUUAAUACUUUUUCCCAAAGAAGAAACCAAAGAAGAAAUAAAAUGUCAUCGUUGACCAUAUUCUAUGAAACCAGUAAAAAUCCGGAAAAAUCCUUCAUCUAAGUUUCUUUGAACAUAAAUGUAAAUUUCGAAUCUUAAGGAUGUGAUGUAGAGAGAUUGAAACGUCUCAUCAUAUGUGUAAUUAUGUAAUAUAGGACUUGUGUGAAAAUAUUCUAUGGAUCUUGUGUUAUAAAUUUCUGAGAAAUCCUCAGAAGAACCAAAUGGUAAAACCAUAUUAUGUAGAUAGGUGAAUAAAAAAUGAAUGAUU